AUGGAUACUGCAGAAACUAGUGCCAACAAGUACAUCAUAUGCUCGAAGGUCGAAGGAACAACACCUUUAACAUUGAAAUCGUCUAGGGAGAGUCUGGAAAAAGUCAAGAAAUAUGCAAGCCAACGCGCAUCGUAUGGGGAAACAAACUUAUCCCCUCUCUGUAACAGGAUUUCAAGUCUUACAGAUGAGCAAUACAUUCAGUCUGUAUAUCAUUCAGGAUGCCAUAAAAAUAUCGUCAACAAUGAGAAAUUGAAAAGGGAAGAAAAGAGAUUUAGGGAAUCUUCAUCAUCAUCAAAGUCAGUAGUGCCUCCAAAGAAAGGUCGCCCUUCAAGGUCAGAUUCUCCAUCAUGCAGUAGAGAGGUAACAGGCGAACGACUACGACGAUCUGUUGGCGCUUCACAGCACAUCAAGACUUGUGUGUUUCAGUAUUCUCAUCCUAGCAUAGGCGAACUACAUCGAGUCGAAAGUGAGUCUAUGGGCAUCCGGUUUUUGUUGAUUAAAUCAAGAACACAAUAUGAGAAUGUUAGGGUAGCUUUAGCCAAUGUUAUUGAACCUUCUCGGACUGCGCUGCAUUUAAUUUAA